CGGAGCCGGAGCCGGAGCCGGAGCGGGAACGCGAGCGGGAGCCAGCACUGCGGCGCACAGAGCGGAGCGCGGCGGCCAGGCCGAGUGAGUGGAGAGCUCUUCCCUGCUGCGGCGGCAAGAAGACAGAGCUGUGCCUGUGGACAGGCUGGCUCCGCUCUUCUGCUCCAAGGAUUACAUGUCCUUCAAACGCCCUUGCCCCUUAGCACGAUACAACCGCACCAGCUACUUCUACCCCACAUUCUCAGAGAGCUCGGAGCAUAGUCACCUGCUCGUGUCUCCUGUGCUGGUGGCGAGUGCUGUCAUAGGUGUGGUCAUCAUCCUCUCCUGCAUCACCAUCAUCGUGGGCAGCAUCCGCAGGGACAGGCAAGCCAGGCUCCAGCGCCACCACCGCCGGCGACACCGAAACCAAGACUACGAGCAGAGCCAUGUGUCUGACGGGCGCACGUACAGCCGCUCCAGCCACAGGCUGCGCUCGGCCUGCAGCCCCACGGAGGACUGGCCCCCACCCUUGGACAUCAGCUCUGAUGGGGAUGUGGACGCCACUGUGCUCAGGGAGCUGUACCCUGAUUCUCCACCAGGCUACGAGGAGUGUGUGGGCCCAGGAGCCACUCAGCUGUAUGUCCCCAUGGACGCACCGCCGCCCUACUCACUGACCGCCUCCUGUCCCACACUGAAUGGCGCCCUCGACUCAGACAGUGGCCCCAGCCCCAGUGGACACCAGCAAGAGCAGAGGACCGGGGCCCAGAGUGACCUCCGCACCGUCUCCAUGGACACGUUGCCCACUUACGAGACCGUGUGUGGAGCUGGCUCCCCGUCGGGCCUGCUGCCGCUGCCGGGGCCAGAACCAGGUCCAAGGAACUCACAGGGCUCAGCCACCCCUACUCGGGCCUCAGCCUCAGGCCCUGAGAGGAUUGUGUGAGUGAUGCAGCCCACCAGGUCCCCUUGGUCCCUCCAGGCUGAGCCACAUCCUUCAGACACACUCGGGCACGCAUGCACACAAACACACAGAUGUGCACGCACAACUCAUGCAUACACACUGAUAUGAUCACACACAUAGACACACUGCCAUACCCCGUGUGCACACAGACAUAGUCAUGCCACACACAGGCCCCCACACCCACACAAAACCUACCUGCAAAGGUUUCAUUAUAAAUGAAGGUCUCCCAGCCUCCCACCUCCUCCUCCCUGGCCUGGUGGUUGUGCCUCUGUGGACCGUGCGGGGCAGAAGGGUGAAGCAGGAACCAGGCUUUCUCUGCCCUCUCCCCGGCCUCACCUGGCAGAUUGGGCCCAAAUUCUGAUUCAGCUUCCAGAAACUGCUUGACCACCCCAGGUCAGCUGCCUCCCCUGACCCCAACCCCGGGGCUUGUCCUCCUGGGAGGUGGGGCAGGCCCCUAUGAGGUCCUGCUGUGUGCUGUGCCUGUCUCUCAAUUGCAGGGCACAAGAGCCACAUCACCACCCUGCCACUUACAGGGUGGGGACCUAGGUCUGGGGGCAUAGGGACAUGGGAUGGGAACACUCCCCUCCUUAACCCAGUGCCACCCAGUGCCCUCAGGCUGGUGGUGCUAGGGGAGUUAUCUCAGUAGCCCACCCCAAGCUGCAAGGGGUGAGCAGGGCCCCAGUGGCACAUGGUGGAGGAGACGGGGUACAAUGAAUCCCACAUCAGUCCGACCACUGCCCAAGACAGAGUCUUCAGAGAUGAUAGAGCCAUCGCCAUUGUCCAGGUUGCCUCACCAAAGUGCUGUGUGGGCACUACUCUAAGGCAGAUGAGGGCCCCUGGCGAAGUACAUGCCCAGCCUCAGUGGCCUGAGCUAAAACGGACUACAGCCACACCCCAGGAGCUGGUGCUGUCAACCUAGGUGGCAGCUACAGCUGUGAACUGUGAGCGCACUAACCUUGACCCUCCAGGGUGUUUCCAGAGACAAACUAAAGAGGAUAUGAGUGCCAUAAAAACCAUCAUGCCACUACCAGAGGACCAGUGUCUCAGCUUUGCUGCCAGGGUCCUCCCACAGCAGGGGAUGUGUGGUCAGCCUGGUUGGGGAAAGGCUCAGAGUUUGGCCUAUGAACCCCAGCAGUCCCCAUCAGAGACCAUGUGGAAAACAGCAGCAACUCCUGAAGACCCAGCUGCCAAGGGUGGCAGCCAAGGAUGUCUGAAGAGUGUGCCAGCCAGCCUUGCUCUUGGUGGGGAGCAAGUAACUCUGCCUUCCUCCCAUCUCCCCACUGUCACUCAUGCUUAAACAGCAACCUCUCCUUACCCCCCUCCCCAACAUUUAAUUUCUUCCAAUAAAGGGCUAAGACAAUUCAGUAAUCCCUUUCGUAAACAGAGAGGUGGUAAGAAUGGUGAUCUUGAAUUUUAUUUUCUGUAGAAAUAGCAUUUCUUCUGGUGCAGAACUGAAAGGAAUCCACCUAGAGGGUCUGUAGCAUCCUGUGUGUGGCAUCAUGGAGUCCCAGACUCCAGCUGGGGGAGGGACAUUGUUUACAAGCAGUUCUGUCCACCUUUGUGGUGUACUGUUUUCUAGGCAAAAAAAAAAAUCUGUCUGUUGUACUGUAUAGCCUUUAAAAUGCACCCCAGGGAUGAGACUCUUAGGAAAUGCAUCCUGUCUCUGAGACUCUAGAGUGCUGGGGAAAUAUAAAAAUCCCUGCCUACUCAUCAGUGUUUGAAGGUUGGAGCUGAGUAGCUUUUCUUGUUGCGGGAUGGGAGCUGAAUAAGCAACAAUGUAUCCUUUCUGUGUUCAAAAUCUAUAUAUCAAUAAAAAUGUAACAAGAAGUAACAGUUUCAAGAG